UGCAGUUGCAGCAGGAGAGAUUCUAUCUCGCGGGCUGCGUCUGAUCCUUGCACCCGCAGGAGAGCAGUUCCGGAGACUUCGCAAGUUGUGUAAUAUCUUCUCUUCGCGACCACUUAACUGAAGUUAUAUUAUCCAGGGCCGCACACACUCACCUUCAAGCGAAGGCCGCAGAAUCCUAUGCGCCCAUCCAAAUGAAUGCCGCCCGUGAUGUCAUCUUUGACAUCCUUGAUAACCCUAAAGAACACCAGGCAGCGGCGAAUCGCUAUGCCGCUUCAGUGAUCUUGCAUGCUCCGGAGAUCGUCAUCAUCCAGAAGAUGCUCAAACGCUUCCAGAUGCUCAUGCGACCUGGUGCGCUGUUGAUAGAACGCUUCCCAAUAUUCAGAUUCGUCCCGGGAUACACAACCGAGUUGGAGCAAUGGAGAAUGGAAGAGAGUCAGCUCUUCCAUGAUCAACUUGAUCGUGUUUCGAAAGAAUUGGCGACCGACAAAGCUGGACCCUCGUUUGCUCGGUAUCUUCUUGAGAAUCAGUCUUCGCACAAGCUUUCGGACGACGAAAUGGCCUAUCUUACUGGUUCGCUCUUUGGCGCCGGUUCAGACACGACUGCUGUCGCGAUUAUGGUUGUUGUCAUGGCUUCUGCAUGCUUUCCCAAGGCGCAGGAGAAGGUGCAAGAGGAACUGGAUACCGUCAUUGGUCGUGACAGGGCUCCCACGUUCGACGAUUACAGUUCCCUCCCGCAGGUUGAGGCGUUUAUGCUGGAAUGUCUUCGCUGGAGGCCCGUAACAACUCUUGGAUUCGCCCACUGUGCCCAAACCGACAUCGUAUACAAAGACAUUUGUAUACCAAAGGGUGCUAUCGUCUUUGGCAACCAUUGGGCUAUCUCGCGCGACCCGAGCGUCUAUCCCAACCCUGACGAGUUCAUUCCUGAGAGAUGGCUCGAUAGCGAUGGCAAAAUCCGGGAAGACCUCAAGUUCCCUUCAUUCGGUUUUGGACGCAGAAUCUGCCCCGGUCGGCACAUAGCGAAUCGCUCGGUCUUCAUCAACCUCGUACUCCUCUUGUGGUCGUUCAAGAUCACGCAGGACCCAGAGAACCCUGUUGACCAAGCGGGCUUCGUGGAUGGUGUGAUUGCGCACCCAAAACCAUUUACUGUGCGCUUCGAGCCGCGGUUUGGAGACGAGGCGUCGUUGAGGAGCGUGAUGGCCAAGUAUGGAGAGGAGUUGUAGGAUCUUGAAGUAGGGACGUAUUUAUGAGGUUGAGAUAUGAUAAUAUUUUCGUGCUGAGGGCUGGUAUUUUGGCACCUUACUGCGUAAAUAAUAUUAGAACGUUCUUUUUAGUCGCAGAGUUGAAGACAAUGUAUGUAGUACUACAUAGACGAGGCUGGUGAUGUCAACUUCAACAAAACUUUUGUUUGAGUUCAGCAGAAAGUUUCGA